CAGUCAUUCCUCAUCAUGUGCAGGUAGGACCGACUUCAGGGAGGAGAUUUUUUUUUUACAUCCGCAGCUCCUUCUGUUGCUCGCACCUUCCUUUCGUGCUUGUCUUUGCCAAAACUGACCUGUCUCCGAUCCCGUCCUAUCCCCUCACGGAGUGGAGAGAAGCAUGGCCCUCUGCUGCUCUGGUUUGAAGAGAAAGCAAAAAUGCCAUCCAUCAGUGUCAGCAUGCUCUCUCCUAUGUGUGGCUCUUCUUUCCCACCUCGCUGCACCCACUCUUGGACAAUUAGACCUGAGCCGGCUGGAUGGCGAUACCGUCUGUCCACCAAUAAGAAACGGACAAGAUGACCUUCCAGGUUUUGAUCUGAUCACUCAGUUCCAGCUGGACGUGAUUCCCCUGAAAGGUGUGAGGAAGGUGGACGGCUCCACGCCCCUCCAGGUGGCCUACCGUCUCGACAGGGAGGCCAACUUUCAAAUUCCGACCAUGCUUAAUUUUCCUCGGGGCUUCCCGGAUGAGUACUCCUUCAUGACCACCUUUCGUAUGAUCAAGAACACGGUGGGCAAGGUGUGGAAUGUCUGGCAAAUAGUGGAUGAAGACGGCCACAAGCAGGCUGGACUCAGGCUGAAUGGCGACCAGCAGGCUCUUGAGUACUUUUUGAUGGGUGCAGAUGGAAACCUGCAGACUGUCACCUUUCCUGGCCUAUCUGUACUCUUCAAUACCAAGUGGCACAAGGUGAUGAUUGGCAUUGAGCGUGAGCAGGUCACAUUGUACGUGGACUGCCAGCCUGUGGAUCAGAAACCCAUCAAGGGCAAAGGGCCAAUCAACACAGAUGGAGACACUCUCAUUGGCAGGCUGGAUGCCGAUCCUGAUGCCUCUGUGGUGUUUGAGCUCCAGUGGAUGUUAAUUCACUGCGAUCCAAAGAGAGCCCAGAGAGAGAGCUGCAAUGAGCUUCCUGCCACCGAGAUGUUUGCCAAUGCUGAGCCUGACAAAUCUCUUCAAGGUCCUCCGGGUCCCCCUGGACCAGAGGGCCCUCGAGGGGUCCCAGGAGAAAGUGGCAGGGAUGGAAGAGAUGGUGUUCCAGGGACUCCAGGGAUUCCAGGUGCUCCUGGCAGCAAAGGGGAGAAGGGGGAGAUCGGUCUUCCUGGACAGAGAGGCCUCCCUGGACUUCCAGGAUCUUCUGGUCCCAUUGGUCCAAUGGGUCCCAGAGGACCUGUAGGAGAAAGAGGUCUGCCUGGCUUUCCUGGACCUCCAGGUCCUUCUGGUCCAUCAAGCGAAGGACCUGCUGGUCCUCCAGGGAAGCCAGGAACCCCAGGAGAUGAAGGAAACAUUGGACCUGAGGGUCCACCUGGACCUAGAGGGGGGCCUGGCAUUGCAGGUCCUCCUGGCCCACCUGGUCCACCAGGGCCUGUGGGACCACCCGGUGCCAACAGUGAGGGAAGUGGGGAAGCUUGUCCUGCCACGUGCCCUGCUGGACCUCAGGGACUGCAUGGGCUGCCAGGGAUGAAGGGACACAAAGGAUUGCCAGGUGAGCCUGGAAGAGAUGGAGAGCCUGGAGAAAAGGGGGGUGUUGGAGAACCUGGUCCUCAGGGUCCACCAGGUCGCAUGGGAGAUGAUGGGCAAAGAGGACCAAUCGGAUUCCCAGGAACCCCUGGAGAGAAAGGAGAUCGAGGUGCUCCUGGUUACAACGGUGUCUCUGGACCCACUGGCCCUCCUGGAGCUCCUGGUGUGGAGGGAGCCCGAGGACGACAGGGGUUGCCAGGGCCUAAGGGUGAUGAUGGAGCUGUGGGACCUAAAGGACAACCAGGUGUGAAAGGAGAAAAAGGAGAAAUUGGUGAGCCUGGCGAGGAUGGGCUGGAUGGGUUUCCUGGUGCUAAUGGUACCAAGGGAGAGCCUGGUGCACCAGGAGCUGUUGGAAUUAGAGGGAUUGUUGGUAUUCCAGGGUUGCCAGGGAAGCAGGGAGUAGUUGGACCACCGGGAGAAAAGGGUGAGACCGGUUCUGAAGGACCCAUGGGGCCAGUUGGGCUUCCUGGAAAAACUGGGGAGGCUGGAAUAGAUGGAGAGGAUGGAAAACCAGGAGAAAAAGGAUCCACUGGCGAAACAGGAAAGCAAGGGCCAAUGGGGCCUGCAGGUCCACAAGGAGUACAGGGUGACAAAGGAGAUAAAGGAGCCACUGGGACCAAAGGAAUGAAAGGUCAUACGGGGCACAAAGGUGAUCAGGGACCAACCGGACCUGUGGGACCUAAAGGAAGUCAGGGAGACCCAGGUCUGACAGGAGGCCCAGGUGUAAAGGGAAAUCAGGGCCCUCCUGGUGUGCCUGGCGUCAAAGGAGAGCGUGGAGAAAAAGGUCAAAGAGGAGCUACAGGAGCUGAAGGGAGACCUGGUCAGCCAGGACAUGAAGGUGUGGCAGGUCCCAUGGGAGCUCGAGGACUGGAGGGAGAUCCAGGCAAUCCUGGACCACCAGGUCCCAGAGGUUUACCUGGCCCAAAAGUGAGUGAUGAAAAGCUUCGAGAAAUGUGCUCGGCAGUUGUUGAAGUACAAUUAGAGGAGUUUAUGAAGGAAUUCUUAAAGAGGCCUGCAGCCAUUGGUGCUCCUGGUACACCUGGACCAACAGGAUCUCCUGGACCCCCUGGUCCAGCUGGAGCUGCAGGGGCGGCAGGCAUUCCAGGUCCAAUGGGUCCCAAAGGCCACCCAGGAUUCUUUGGCCUUCCAGGUGCACCUGGAAAUAAAGGUGAAGCUGGGCCAAAGGGAGACAAAGGAGACAAGGGAGAGGACGGUGUGGGAAACAAAGGAAGUCCAGGAGCACCAGGUAUUCCAGGUGCACCAGGUCUUCCUGGUGUUGGCAAAGAUGGCAAAAAUGGAGAGCGUGGUGAAGCAGGAAGUCCAGGCAUCCCAGGACCUGCUGGUCCAAGGGGACCCUCAGGACCACCUGGUCUUUGCGACCCAUCUACUUGUAUAAGCAGACUUCCACCUCUCUAUAUGGUCAGUGGAAAGAAAUCAUCCUCGUACAAAAACCCAUGAGACUUCCAAAGCUCAGUGACAUUCUUCAGACCUCAUCCAGCCAGUGACCAUGUUUCAGGGCUCCUCAUAAACCCAGGCAUGGUGCUUCUUUUGAGAGUCUCCAUCAGCACCACGGCUCAAAGAGACUCCGAGAGAAAUUGAGAUGGGAAACAACUGCACAAUACUGUAAAGACAUUUUAACGUUAAUGUUUUUAGAGAGAAUUUACACGUUGGUGAAAAUCACGUCUACGGUUGCUGAGCAGCUCUUGGGUCUGACAACAGGCUUUAAGGCUCAUGACAUAAAAAAUGAGCAACAACAACUUCUGACCCCUGGUAUUCAGCCAUUGAGUAAAGACUUUUUAACAUAUUUAAAAUCUAUAUUUUCCACUGAUGCAUGUGCUUUGGCAAAUUCAUAAGUUCAGAGAAGAUGUAUUUUCAACCCUGUUCUCCCAGUGAAUUACUAUGAUUUAUUUGGCCAGUUGUGUCUUAUUUUUGAAACAUUGGAAUAAAGUGUUAUGUUUUGAGA